UUGUCUGAAAUAAGCCUUCUUUAUUUGCAGAUAGGAUUUAGUGCACCACAAGGUUGUGGAAAGACAACACUCGUAUUCGCACUAUACUAUCUUUUCCAAAUUACUGGCAGGAAAACUGCUACAAUAUCCAUUGAUGAUUUCUAUUUGACAGCUGAAGAGCAGGGUAAACUAAGAGAAGCGAACUCAGGAAAUAGUCUUCUAGAGUACCGGGGAAAUGCUGGAAGCCAUGAUCUAUCGCUUUCUGUCGAAACACUUACAGCCUUGAGCAAAUUAACUGAAGAAGGUAUGAAGAUGAAAGUUCCAACAUACAAUAAAUCUGCAUAUAAUGGGAGGGGAGACAGAGCAGAUCCUGAAACAUGGCCAGAGGUUGAAGGGCCACUAACGGUGAGAAGUUCUUUAUAUGGUUCUUUGAUGAGUUUUUGAUCCCCAAACAUAUUGCUUCAGAUGCCAAUAUCUUGUUCUUUUAUUCAGUUAGAUUCAUUAUGUAUCAUCUAGUUUAUCUGAUCCUUGUCUCUAUACAGGCUAUGACCAUGUUAGCAUAAUUUGAUAUUUCUUUUUAUCACCUCAAUUUAAUGCACACUAGUAAACCUAUUUUUUGGUCAUUGAGUGAAGCACAUCUUUUGUGCUUCAAUUGUGUUGACUUGUAUUUAUUUUGUUAUUUCCUUUAUUUACAGGAUAAAGGCAAUCUUUCUCUGUAACAAUCAAAAUGGUUGCCUUAUACUAUAAGUACUGUGGGGAAAUCAUUGUUUUCUGUUUCCUUGGAUUAUAUUAAUAAGCAGCUAAGUGUGAGAUUCAUUUCUAACUCAUAACCAAAUUAAAGGCUACAUUGCCACUUAUUAUGAAAGCCAUCCUCCCCAAAUAUAAAUAUACAUGUGAGAGAAGACUGUUCUUUAGUUUCACUUUGCCGCUUAAUCAACUAGAGUCUGACAGCAGGAUUGCUUAGUUUUCCCCCUCCCAUGCUACUUAAUAUCCUAGAUUUACGUAAUCAUAUCUUUUGAGCUAAGGCAUCAGGAUAUAUGGGGGUACCUAUGGCCCUUUUGU